UCAAAUGUGCAUCCAGAGUGCUGCAUAGACAGUACAAAUUAUAUGGGCUUUUUUGAGGAUUUCUUACGAUAGAUAAACAUAAUCCUUGGAACCUCAGUUCAAAAUAGAGUCAACUGUAUCGCUAAUUCAUUUUUUUCCCUGUCAAACCCACGAUUCUUCUAUCGCGGGCUGUAAGUUUCGAGCUUCAGCAGGAGUCUCACAUCUGAAGUGAAGACCUUAACCCUGAUCGUUUUUGAAGCUAGUAACAAGCUCAAAGUGGCAGUUAUUGGUCACCAUUAAAAUGGCAGCACAAACUUCUAGUAUGAUGGGUCAAGUUCAGUUAGCUCAUCGUUUUGAUGAAAGCUCCCUUAUUCGUUAUGCACAGGCAAAUGUUGAAGGCUUUCCCCAUCCUUUGGAAAAUUUCAAAGUGUUACAGGUCUUGGCAGCUUUAGGAAAGUACACAAAUGUUCCUGUCCCAAAGGUUUUUUGUCUUUGUACUGAUAAGGAUGUAAUUGGCACACCCUUCUACAUCAUGGAAUAUUUGGAUGGUCGAAUAUUUUUGAAUCCUGCAUUACAGGAACUCAACCCAAAACAAAGAAGAUCUAUUUACCUUGCUACUGCUAGAACAUUGGCAUCAAUACACAAUGUGAAUGUUGAUACAGUAGGAUUAGGCCGCUAUGGAAAUCGUGAAAAUUACUGCAAGAGGCAGAUUGAAAGAUGGACAAAGCAAUAUCUGGCUUCAACUGGGGAAGGAAAACCAGAUCGAAAUCCAAACAUGAUGAAACUCAUUGAUUGGCUGAGGCAGCAUAUACCGGGUGAAGACUCUAGGAAAGGGUUGAAAACUGGUCUUGUUCAUGGAGACUUCCGAAUUGACAAUCUAGUGUUCCAUCCAUCAGAGGAUCACGUUAUUGGUGUUUUAGAUUGGGAACUAUCAACAUUGGGGAACCAAAUGUGUGAUGUUGCUUAUAGCUGCAUGCCUUUUUACCUUGACAGCAGUAAUGCUUCAGUCCCUUCGUAUUAUGGCUUUGACAAUGGAAGAAUUUCUGAAGGAGUUCCAUCUCAAGAACAGUAUUUGGCAGAUUAUUGUACUGCUGCUGGAGUUCAAUGGCCUGGUCAAGAUUGGAAGUUUUAUUUGGCAUUCUCACUCUUUCGCUCAACGGCUAUUUUUGCAGGGAUUUAUCAUAGAUGGUUGCAAGGGAAUGCUUCUGGAGGAGAACGUGCUAAAUCUGCAGGAAGUGCAGUAAUGUAUUUUACAGAUACGGCUUGGAAAAUAAUAAACAAAGAUUCCGUACUUCCAGACAGGCCACCGUCUUCUGUUAUUAGUAAUGUGACAUUGGAAGCAAACAUCUCUUCACAGCAGAAUGUUACAGAAACUCAAGAUAUUCCUAUCAGAGGGAAUGGUUUUCUUCCUAAUGCAAGAGUACAGGAAUUAAGAAUGAAGCUAAUGAAUUUUAUGGAGCAACAUAUUUACCCAUUAGAAAAAGAUUUUGUUAGGCUUGCUCAAUCAGACAAGCGGUGGACAAUUCACCCUGCAGAAGAAAGAUUAAAAGAAAUGGCGAAGGAUCAAGGUCUCUGGAAUUUGUGGAUACCUGUUGACAGUGCUGCAAAGGUGCAGAAGUUGUUUUCUAAGGAUGACCAUGAGAAUUUGUUAUUUGGUGCUGGUCUCUCAAAUCUUGAUUAUUCAUACCUAUGUGAGAUCAUGGGGCGCUCAGUUUGGGCUCCUCAAAUUUUCAACUGCAAUGCGCCGGACACAGGAAACAUGGAGGUAUUGUUUCGUUAUGGCAGCAUUGAACAACAAAGAACAUGGCUCAUUCCUUUAUUGGAAGGGAAAAUUCGAUCUGGGUUUGCAAUGACAGAGCCUCAGGUUGCAUCUUCUGAUGCAACUAACAUAGAGUGUUCAAUGGCUAGGGAAGGGGAUUACUAUAUAAUAAAUGGUCACAAAUGGUGGACAAGUGGAGCAAUGGAUCCAAGAUGCAGAAUUUUGAUAGUCAUGGGCAAAACAGACACAAGUGCCCCAAGGCAUAAGCAGCAAUCCAUGAUUUUAGUACCUAUUGAUACUCCUGGAGUCCAGAUAAAGAGACCAUUAACUGUGUUUGGUUUUGAUGAUGCUCCUCAUGGGCAUGCAGAGGUGAUCUUUGAGAGUGUUCGAGUGCCUGUCAGCAAUGUUAUUCUGGGAGAGGGUCGUGGUUUUGAGAUUGCACAGGGUCGAUUGGGUCCGGGUAGAUUACACCAUUGUAUGAGAUUGAUUGGUGCUGCAGAACGUGGUAUUGAAAUGAUGGUCAAAAGGGCACUUAAGAGAAAAGCAUUUGGAAAGUUGAUUGCACAGCAUGGUUCUUUCUUAUCUGAUCUUGCCAAGUGCCGUAUAGAAAUAGAGAAAGCGAGACUCAUGGUCCUCGAAGCUGCAAAUCAGUUAGACUUACAUGGAAAUAAAGUUGCCAAAGGAGCAAUUGCCAUGGCCAAGGUUACUGCUCCAAACAUGGCAUUGAAAGUGCUGGAUACAGCAAUCCAGGUGCAUGGUGGGGCAGGUGUUAGCACAGAUCUCGUACUUUCCCACCUCUGGGCUACUGCUCGAACAUUACGAUUAGCAGAUGGCCCAGAUGAGGUCCAUCUUGGAACUAUAGCAAAGAUUGAAUUAUCAAGAGCAAGACUGUAAGGUAUACGUUUUUUUAAAUGGAAAUACUAGGACUGUCAUCUAUGCCCACCAUGUAAUUACAAGGCAGAGAAUAUUUCAUAUAAGCAACAAAUUGGAGUUACUAUUUAGUGUGAUAUCACUUCAGCUUUAUCUGUAAACAAACACAGAAAGAAAGUGUAUAAACAUACGCUUGGCAAGGCAUGGAGCUGAAUGGAAUAAACGUGGAAUAAACGUAAAAUAAACGAUUCUGUGAGCCACAGGUUGAAUCACAUUAUUUAUAUUUUGAAUUUAUGUGACUGAUAAGCCAAUCUCGAUGUUUGUUUUGGAUAUUCAUAAUAAAUUUCCAAAGUACUUAUUGAGUUGA